UCGUCCUCAAUCGUAGCUGCAAUGGUGCUAUCCCGUUUCCUCGUUUCCAGUAUUAUAAAAGCUCGUGUAGGCCUUACAGUUUUUUCGAAAAGCGAUUACUCAUCAUUAACGAAUUUUCGAUUAUGUACUACCGCAAGCAACAAUAUUUUUGAAGAACGAAAAGUUUUUAAAAGAUCAUUCGAGUCAAAGCCCAAUUUCCGCAAUGAAGGUCAUAAAAAGUUCGUAGCAUUGCAAACGAAAGAUCUAUCUAAAGCAGAUAUUGAGAAUAUGCUCGUCCCUUAUAAUUACUACUUAUCCGUGCCAAAUGAAAGAUUCGGGUACGGCCUCAUGGAAGGUUUUAAUUACUGGAUGAAAUUACCAAGUGACGUCAUAGAGUUUGUCAAUAACAUAUGGGUAUCGGCAUACGAAGCUGGCGCUUUAUUGGAUGACAUUGUCGACGAAUCACACUCUCGAAGAGGUUUGCUGACAAGUCCUCAGCUAUUGGGUAUUGGUCGUACAGCUAUUUGCAGCCAAGGAGUUUUCUUCCUAAUUUUGAAAAGAAUAUCAGAACUAAACAACCCGAAGGCUGUAGAAACAUAUAUUAACAGUAUGAUUAUGUAUUGUGUUGGAUUAUAUAAGGAGACCGACAAUACGAAAAAAAUGAUUUGUCCAACUUUAAGUGAAUUCGAAGAGACAUGUAUUAAUAAAUGUGAUGGAAUAGCAGGCUUGCCUAUCAAAAUGAUGCAAGUAUUGUCCGAUACUAAGACUGAUUAUACUCAUCUCUUGCAUUUAUUCAGUCUUCAUUGCCAAUACAUCAACGACGUUGCAAAUAUGAGCGAGCAAAAGACAUGGAAUGCAAAAUCUUACCUUGAAGAUAUUUCUGAAGGAAAAUUCACACUCCCAACUAUCCAUGCUGUUCGCAGUGGGACAUUUGAAGGGCAAACUGUACACAACAUUCUACGUUCAAAAACAAAAGAUGUAGCAACAUUGAGUUAUUGUUUAUCUUUACUCGAAAAACUUGGAUCAAUUGAAUUCGCUAUAAAUACAACAAGAUCACUUGAAAAUAAAAUAAGAGAAGAAAUAAAGAAAUUCGGUGGAAAUCCUCCACUUGAGGAGUAUCUAGAUACAAUUAUGAACUUGUCAUAUGAUGAAAAGUACCCAACAUAUACCAAGUAA